AUGGCACCUUGGCAUCUAUCAAAGCAACAAUUUAGCAUUGCGAUUGAAAACACGCUCGCUUUUCUUGUGCAAUCAAUGCUUGCUUUGUCGAUCAUAGUCUCAUACAUGCAGGUUCUUUGGCGAGCGUUGACAACAGCUAAAACUGGUGCCAAACUCGCAGAUAUUGAUAUCGCCUUUUCUGUUCUACAGGACAUAUUAGGACUAUUUAGCGUAUCAGUCUGGCGGCUUCAAGCACUAUUAUUUCCUAUGGCUGCAAUCUUUUGGAUGAUCCCAAUCCCCUCCAUCUUUACUCCCAGCACGCUUAGCAUCCAAUCUGCGCCUAUCACACCCAAUAACACUGAAUCAAGACAGGAGCAUAGACAAAUUAUUUUAAGUACCAAGGGCCUUCGAAAACUGGUGCACCAGAUUGCUGCCGCGACCGCUGCACAAGGGAAGAUCCUGACCAUUACACCCGCCAUCGAGCGUCUUAAUGCAAGCUGGUCAAUAGAUUUCCGGGGUCCAUUGGUGCAUUGUGAGAUUGUUGUUGAGCCAGAUCGAACAUUUACUCUCGAGAAUUACGUCUCUUCCCCUUUGACAUAUUUCUCAUGGGGUGUUCGUGCCCCGAACGAAACACUUCCAUUUUAUAAUAUGAGUGGCACUUCGUUCCUGGCUUUCACCAACGACUCUGAUCCACUCGUCGAGAUCUCUGCGAAUAAGUGGAGCAAUGCCUCGAUUAUUUCUAAAGAUUUUCAAUACACGAAUGGCCGGCAAACGAUUGCUGUAUCGAAAGACGUGGCCACACAGGCUAUCGCAAUCUCACCAGAAACAAACUUCUCAUACCCGAUAACGUUUGAUGAGACUUCGACCGAUAAUCCUUGCAGAACUUCAAACUACAAUAUUUGUACAUGUUACAAUGAAAUUGGAGCCCAAAGGGUUCUUUAUCAGAGCGUCAAGGACGCAUUCAACAAUUUACUUUUUGGGUCGAUUGUCUUCGAAUCUGAAGUGUCAAAUUCAUCCAUCACCCAGACAGUUCUAAUGGAUACCAUUGAACUACAAUUUCUCGGGAAUCAACCACUACAGAUCGCUACCUUGAUUAGCUCAGCCGAUUUCUUUUACAAAGAUUCUCUUUUUCAACCUCGCGGGCACCUUGUUGAUGCUUUAGAGCGGCUAUUCGAGGGUAUCACCAUGAUUCCUUCUAUUCAGCUCCAACAAUCAUAUACAGUUCAACAUACAAAUCACAAGUCUGAUAUUACAUGGCCCAGUGCCAGUUCUUUAUCGUGGAAUGUAACAUUUCAAAUUUACGGGAACACCUACUUUUAUGACCCCAGGACUCUACAGCUAGGUUACGGUCUUCAAAUAUCGUUUGCGGCUCUGGCGGUUGUCAUAUGUCGCGCAUCGAUAUUAUUAAAUGGGGUUUCCUACGAUGCUAACUUCUCCACUAUUCUGCGUAUGUGUCGAGUUGAUAUUGAUAACAUUGCCUCAAGUCAUGACAAAGAUCUCGAGAAACGGAGCUCUUAUGAAGAUAGCGGGGCGAACCAUUACCAAAAAACAGUCAUGUAUCUGCAUGCCCGUCAUGUCAAAACUUCUAAAUGGAAUUUCCUGAAGCAGCGGAAGAUGGGGAUCGUCAAGCCAACUACCGAGAGCACAAAUGCUACUCUGUUGGAAUCGGGUGGCCAUGAGAUAGAAGGACUUUAUCAGGUCAGAUAA